CUAAAUAGAACAAGCACAGCUUUAUUGCUCCAAGCCCGGACACAGAGCAGCAUGCCGGGCCUGGUUCAGUACAUAGUGCUCCGCAGGGACCUGCAGGCUGUCCUCGGCUGGCCCCUGGGGGCCCUGGUGGCUCAGGCCUGUCAUGCAGCUACAGCCGCCAUUCACUUGUAUUAUCAGAACCCAGAGACACAGCAAUACCUGCAGGAGCUGGACACCAUGCACAAAGUGCUACUGGAGGUUCCUGAUGAGGCGACGCUAACAAGCUUGGCAGAGACCUUAAAGAAAGAAAACAUUGAUCACAAAGCAUGGAUCGAACAACCAGAAAAUAUCACCACCUGCAUUGCCCUCAGACCAUACCCCAAGGAACAAGUGCACCCCUAUCUGAAAAAAUUCAAACUACUCAAAUGAAGGUGCAUAGAAUCCUCAGCCAUACUGCGGAGUGCCAACACGUCUCUAUCAGAAGGAGGAUUGGAGCUGGCUACAAUGUAACCUCUUACCAAUAAGGAACAGCGAAGAUUGUUUGAGAACGACGAGUUUGGGUAGCUAAAUAUCCAGAUCUGUUCCCCUUGUUACAUACUGCGAGGGACUAUACAGAAGAAAUAUUGGAAAGGGCACAAACAAAUACAAUAUAACUCCCUAAUUUAUUAGACAUUGAUACUGAAAAUGCCAUGUGCAUGCGUUGGACAUUCCCAGCAGAAUAAAAUAUCUCCAAAAUGUAAA